UCUUCUCAGAUAUCCAGGUUGUUACAAAAGGAUGCAGAGCAAGAAUCCCAAAUGAGAGCUGAAAUUCAGAACAUGAAGCAAGAACUCUCAACCAUUAGUAUGAUGGAUGAGUUUGCUAGAUAUGCCCGUCUGGAAAGGAGGAUUAACAAAAUGACCGACAAGCUUAAAACUCACGUGAAAGCACGAACUGCGCAAUUAGCAAAAAUAAAGUGGGUUAUAAAUAUUGUAUUCUACAUCUUACAAGCUGCCCUGAUGAUCUCUCUGAUUUGGAAGUACUACUCUGAGCCAGUGACGGUGCUGCCGAGCAAGUGGCUGGCUCCGCUGGAGCGCCUGGUGGCCUUCCCCACGGGGCUGGCAGGUGGUGUUGGAAUUACAUGUUGGCUUGUAGUUUGUAAUAAAGUUGUAGCUAUCAUGCUACACCCUUUCAGCUGAACGAAUGCCCAUAGUCCAUGGAGUCAACUACAUU